AUGAUGAUGAUGAUGAUGAGGGUGGUGGUGGUGGUGCCCGUCACGAUGACGCUCCAGGCGAAGAGGCGGGCCAUCGCCCGAGGGGGUAUGAGCCGUGGUUUUGGGGGAGGGCCCGGUGCCGGGGCUGCCCCCAUACAAAGUCGGGGUUAUGCGGGUGGGGUUGCUGCUGGGGCUCCUCCUGUGCAAAGUCGAGGUUAUGGAGGAGGAUUUGGUCCAGGGGCCCCUCCGGUGCACAGCCAGGGUUAUGGGGGUGGGUAUGGUCCAGGGGCCCCUCCGGUGCACAGCCAGGGCUCUUCCAGUUCAGGUUUAAAGGUUGCUGGGGCUGCAGCAGCAGGGGCACUGGGUGGGGCAAUUCUUGGCCAUGGUCUCAGUUCGUUGGCACACCCAGGAUAUGGCUAUGGUGGCUAUGGGUAUAAUGGAUAUGGCCGGUAUGGUGGCCUUGGCAAUGGAUACCGUUCGGGCAGCAUUGAGGACACGGGGCUUCUCAACGAGACAGAUGCAGAAUUUUACAUUUUCGACUCAAGUUCCAGGCCAGUGGCCAGCAGCUGCAUAAUACUGGGGUCACUUGUGUCCUUCCUGCUGGCACAUUUUGUCCCAAGCUCUGACUGA